AUGUUAUCCAGAAUCUUCAGAGCGCCAGCAUCAGUCAGAUUGUUCUCAACCACCAGAGUCGCCAUGGUUGACUCUAAAAUCGGUAGAGACUCCUUUUCAGAGAAGGAGAGAGCUCAAGAAAAUGUUUACGUGAGGAAGCAAGAGGAAGCUCAAUUGAAGAAGUUGAGGGAAAAGUUGGAGGAGCAGAAGAAGACCAUUGCUGAUUUGGAAGCAGAAAUCAAGAACCACAAGGAAAAGUAA